AAACAGUUCAGGACGGUGCCCACGCCUACUAUCAUUCGUGAAAGAGGAAUAUCCCACCCACCCAACGUCACCAACGUCUCGUGCGCUCGAAUCCCUGACCGAGGUAGUCCCAAAUCCAAGAAAGGAAGAACAACUGGUCCCCUACGACUGAUCCUCUUCGUCCUCAUCCUCGCCUCAUCCUCAUCAUCAUCUAUCGAGGAGGGACAAGACCGACCAGACCCCAAAGACGGACGGGCGGUGAAGGACCGGACGGACAGCAGACAAAGUCGUCGCUCCUUGCACACACAAACACACACGCCCAUUGUGAGUCAGAGCAAGGCAGCGGAAAAAGGAGAGGAGGAGGAGGUGGAGAAGGAACGAGCUCUGAAGGCGGAAUCCGGAUCCACUCGCUCAAGACCUACCGAUUUCCAGACCGACCGAUUCAGGGAGAGAGAGGAGCGCUCCAGCAGAUAGCACGAUACGAAUUCUGCCCUAACAGAAGAAGAGGACGAGGAGGCAACCUCAUUCAGUAGAGCCGCCGGGGCGCGACCUCGAACCUGACAGCCUGCCCGUCAGCCCUGCCGACGCUUAGCCAACUAGCCAGCCAGCCAGCCAGCCAGCUAGCUAGCUAACUAACUCAAAAGCGGGCGAAGAGGCCACGGGACCCACCGACGUCGAUCGACGAAGACCGCCAUCAACACCACCACCACCACAAAAGAACGAAGGAACGGACGGGGGGAGUGUGUCUCUCAGACAGUGGGAGUGCUGUCCUCGAACGAAGUGACUUGGAGUCUCUGGACACGAAGUGAACGUCUACAGAUUCGGUGGAGUGGGUGGAUUUUUAAUAGGUUGGUCAUCCUCCGCCGUGAGCUCGAGCCCGCAGGUGUCCCGCACGUGUCCGGAGCCUCAGUGUGUUCAAGAUGGCAGCGGGCAAUCAUGGGAUGGAGUCCCUCAUCCCUAUUAUUAAUCGCAUGCAAGAUGCCUUUACACAACUCGGGGUGCCCAUGGUCAUUGAUCUGCCGCAAAUUGCGGUGGUGGGUGGUCAAUCAGCGGGUAAAUCAUCCGUCUUGGAAAAUUUCGUGGGAAGGGAUUUCCUUCCCCGAGGCUCGGGCAUCGUGACUCGACGACCUCUCAUUUUGCAACUCAUCAAUGCGCCCAACGAGUAUGGCGAAUUUCUUCAUUGCAAGGGCAAGAAGUUCAUGGAUUUUGGCGCCAUCAUGAAGGAAAUCGAGGAUGAAACCGAUCGCAUGACGGGCUCGAACAAGGGCAUUUCUAACCUUCCCAUAAACUUGAGAGUGUAUUCGCCUCAUGUGCUUAAUAUUACCCUCAUUGACUUGCCCGGAUUGACAAAAAUCCCGGUAGGCGAUCAACCCCACGAUAUUGAUCAGCAAAUCCGAGAAAUGAUCAUGACUUACAUUCAAAAAGACACGUGCUUGAUCCUGGCCGUAACCCCCGCCAAUAUCGAUAUUGCCACGUCGGAUGCACUAAUGGUGGCCAAAUACGCCGAUCCGGACGGUCUUCGAACCAUUGGUGUGUUGACAAAGCUGGACUUGAUGGACGACGGUACGGAUGCCAGAGAGGUCUUGGAAAACAAAUUCCUGCCUCUAAGACGAGGAUAUGUAGGCGUCAUCAAUCGGUCUCAAAAGGAUAUCGAGGGCAAAAAAGAUAUCAAAGCCGCCAUGGCAGCAGAGAGGAAGUUUUUCCUAAGUCAUCCCUCAUACCGUAACAUGGCGGACCGUCUGGGCUCACCUUACUUGCAGAAAGUUCUCAAUCAACAACUCACCAACCACAUCCGUGAGACACUUCCGAGUCUCCGGGAUCGCCUUCAAAAGCAGUACUUAUCUCUAGAGAAGGAAGUGGAGCAAUACAAAUACUUCAGACCAGAUGAUCCAGCCAUCAAAACCAAAGCGAUGCUACAGAGUAUUCAACAAUUGCAACAAGAUUUCGAACGAUCCAUUGAAGGCAGUGGUUCGGCGGCAGUCAACACAUUGGAAUUGAGCGGAGGAGCUAAGAUCAACCGUUUGUUCCACGAACGCUUCCCAUAUGAAAUCGUUCGAAUGGAGUUCGAUGAGAAGGAAUUAAGGCGCGAAAUUGCCUUUGCUAUCCGGAAUAUACACGGAGUGCGGAUUGGAUUAUUUACUCCCGGCCAAGCUUUCGAGGUUGUGGCGCGGAAGCAGAUUUCUUGUCUCCGGGAACCCGCUACGAAAGUCGUGGGAUUGGUCACCGAAGAAAUGCAGAAAAUCCUUGUUGAAGGCCUGGCCAAGAUGAAUCGUUACCCUCGUCUUCGCGAAGAAACCGAGCGGAUUAUUACUACCUACAUUCGAGAAAAGGAGCAACGAUGUAAAGAUCAGAUUUGCAUGCUGAUUGAAUGCGAGCUGGCUUAUAUGAACACCAACCACGAAGAUUUCAUUGGAUUUGCCAAUGCGCAAAAUACCAAUCAAAACUCUGAGAAAACCGGUAGAAAAUUGGGCAAUCAGGUCAUUCGAAAAGGCUACAUGUCCAUCCACAACUUGGGUAUCAUGAAAGGUGGAUCUCGAGAUUAUUGGUUCGUUUUGACAUCGGAAUCUCUCUCUUGGUUCAAGGAUGACGAGGAGAAAGAUAAGAAGUUCAUGCUCCCGCUGGACAGUUUGAAAUUGCGGGAUAUUGAAGCCGGGUUCAUGUCCAGGCGUCACAUGUUUGCGAUAUACAACCCGGAAAACAGGAACGUGUACAAGGACUUCAAGACCCUUGAAUUGUCUUGCGAGACUCAGGAUGAAGUGGAUUCGUGGAAAGCGUCCUUUUUGAGGGCUGGAGUUUAUCCUGAGAAGACUUCCGAGCUCAACAACGGCGACGGAGAAGAAGGCAGCCGGAGCCAAGAAGCCUCACUCGGGUCUGUUGAUCCACAAUUGGAGCGCCAAGUUGAAACCAUCCGUAAUCUCGUGGAUUCUUACAUGAAAAUUGUAACAAAGACGUGCCGGGACCUCGUACCAAAGACUGUCAUGUAUCUUAUGAUCAAUGAUGUGAAGAAUUUCAUCAACAGCGAACUCCUCGCUCAGCUUUACGCGACUGGAGACACGCAUUCCAUGAUGGAAGAGAGUGCUGACGAAGCUCUUAAACGAGAAGAGAUGUUGAGACAAUACCAUGCUUGCAAAGAGGCUCUGAAGAUCAUUGGUGAUGUGUCCAUGGCCACGGUGAGCACACCGGCUCCUCCUCCCGUAAAGAACUGGAUGCCAGCGCCCAGCUCGCACACAUCCUCUUCGUCUAGUGGGGGUGGCGGAGGAGGUAGUGGCGGCGGAGGAGGUAGUGGAGGUGGGGGUAAUAGUGGAAAUGGUGGGGGAGGGGGAAUUUCCCAAGCUCCACCUUCACCCGGUGGAGGCCCGAGGCGAAAUCCGCCUCCAGUGUCUAGGCAGCCUCCACAGCCCCCAAGGGCGGCUCCUGCCGCUCCAGGAGGUCGAGCUCCUCCCUCUGCACCUGGUCGAGCUGCCGGACUCCCGCCUCCGAUGAUUCCAACUCGGCAAAGCAUGGGCCAAGCAGCCGCAGGGAUGCAAAGCGCUUUCGGAAAUAUGGGUCAGCAUGUGCAAAGAGCGGCAACUCAAGCUGCGGCUCAAGCAGCUGCUAACGAGGUCCAAAACCAAUUGGCCAAUGCUAUGGGUGGCUUCGGCAAGAAAAGAUAAGUUCAAUGAGAUUGAGGAGCUCAUUUCCAACGAGUCUUGGUGCAUGGUGGUGCCGGUGGUAAAUUGAAGAUUGUUGGUCCCUUGAAGUUAGUGGUAUCCAGUGGCUGGUCGUCCUGAGCGGUGUUGAGUUCAGAGGAUGUCACCAUUUGGCCCUCGAUUCUGUUAGUCUGUUUUCAUAGGUUCGAGCCUGCAAGUUAACAUAUAUUACGAUGAAAAUCUAUUGCGUGUCUGUGGAAACAACGAGACCUAUUAUAUUUUAUUCUUUUACUUUUUGCCGAUAUCAUCUCCUGUCAGCAUUUUGAAUUAUUUUUUUCCUACUUUCUCUCCCUACCACCUUCGGUCCUGCCUUCCUUACACUACUUAGCCGUUGAAAGUAUGUACACUUGAUCGAUUCGAAGAUGUCUUUCUCUUAAUUUCUUGCAUUUACCGAACCUCGGUCGUCGACCUUGUCAACGAAACAUAUGGAGCUCUCUAUCAAUCCCUCGCGAUUUCCACCAAUGUGUGAAACGAAAAAUGGCACCUCUGGGAAUUUGUUUUAGUUUUUGUCCUGUUGUGACUGGAGCUGGGUGAUUUAUUGAUGAAGUACUAUAUUCUUGACAUGAAUGAAAGCCUCCAUGAGUGAAAACACAAACCUCUGUUCUGUACAUGAACUAGCUAUCAUUUACAACUGUCCCUGCUGAAUUGAUUUCAAUCCUGUUCCUAUUUGACCUUUGUACAUGUUGCUUGUUACUCUAAUCUUCAAGAAGAAAGGAUUCGGUCAAUUGUAAGGUAAAGUGGCCACCGAUUCUCGUACUUUGUCAUUUAGUUUCCAGAUCAGCCAAUGGUUCUGUGCUCUGGCCUUUAUGUUAUCACCCGUGAAGGAUCUCAUAUUCUCUUCAUUUCCCCUCCACAUUGUCCUUGGCGUGAUUGUGUAAAUGCACUUAUACUACAUACAUGAAUAUGAUAUUGCUGUUGUUGCCGGUCUCCUUGAAUCCUCGAACACAAUAUACGUUAUAUACUGCUCCACCGUAAAUUAGCAUUAUUAAGUCAUUGAAAGAAAACAAUAUCAACUACUAAUUACUUAACAGACUAAUAAACUAACACUGUUUC